AUGUACGAUGUGUUCAUCAAUUUCAGGGGAAAAGACACUCGAGAGAAGUUCGUUUCUCAUCUUCAUUAUGCCCUCUCAAAAGCUGGAGUCAACACUUUCCUUGACGAUUCGAGUCUGCAAAGAGGAAAUAUGCUGAAAGCUGAACUCAAACGAGCAAUAGAAUGGUCUCGAAUAUAUUUGGUUGUUUUCUCCAAAAACUAUACUGAAUCUACUUGGUGUCUUGAUGAACUUGAACAAAUCAUGGAACGCGAGAAACUUUCUCACAGAAAGAUAGACAUAGUGCCCAUAUUUUACGAUAUCGAUCCAUCCGUUGUACGUCAUCAGUCUGAUAAUUUUGGAAAAGCUUUGAAAGCAACUGUGAAGAAAAGAUAUUCAGGAAAAGAAGCAGAACUCGUGUUGUUCAGGUGGAGCCUAGCACUCACCAAAGCUUCGAAUUUCUCUGGUUGGAAUGCGAAGGAUUACAGAGGCUAUGUUACGAAGAUAUUAAAUGGAUGUGGACUACAUGCUGAUAUUGGAAUAGCAGUUCUGAUAGAGCGUAGUCUCAUAAAAGUUGAAAAUAACAACAAACUAGGAAUGCAUCCUUUGCUGCAAGAUAUGGGAAGAGAGGUAAUAUGUGAAAGUUCAAGGCACGAACCAUGGAAGCGUAGUCGAUUGUGGUCUCAAGAAGAUGUUCUUGAUGUACUCACAAACAACACUGGGACAGAAGCUGUUCAGGGAUUGGCUCUGAAAUUGAAUUUUACCAGCAGAGAUUGCUUUGAAGCUUCUGCCUUUAAAGAAAUGAAGGGAUUGAGACUGUUGCAACUUGAUCAUGCACAACUCACCGGGGAUUAUGGGUAUCUCUCUAAGCAACUGAGAUGGGUAUGUUGGCGAGGGUUUCCUUUUAAAUACAUUCCUAACAACUUUGAUCUGAAAGGUGUAAUUGCAAUGGAUUUAAGACAUAGUACUCUUAGGCUACUCUGGAAGAAAACCCAGGUUUUGCAGAGUCUAAAAAUCCUCAAUCUUAGUCAUUCCAUACACUUGACAGAAACCCCUGACUUUUCAGGACUACCAAGUCUUGAAAAGCUCAUUCUCAAAGAUUGCCCAAGUUUAUGCAAGGUACACCAAUCCAUUGGUGAUCUCCAGAAUAUUCUAUUUAUAAAUUUGAAGGACUGUACAAGCCUAUGCAAUCUCCCAAAAGAGAUAUAUAAGUUGAAAUCCUUAAAAACUCUCAUUCUAGCUGGUUGUUCGAAUAUUGACAAACUGGAAGAAGAUAUAGUGCAGAUGGAAUCCUUAAUAACUCUAAUUGCUGAGAAUACUGCUGUGAGACAAGUUCCUUUUUCAAUAGUAAGCUUAAAAAGCAUUGGAUAUAUAACCCUGUGUGGAUAUGAAGGACUGUCACGCAAUGUUUUUCCUUCUAUCAUUCAGUCUUGGAUGUCACCAACAAUGAAUCCUCUAUCUGGUAUCAAUUUGUUUUCUGGCACUUCUUCAUCUCUAGUUUCCAUGGAUAUUCAGAAUAGUGUUUUGGGUGAUCUGGCACCAAUGCUUAGCAAACUUUCAAACCUUCGAAGUGUUUUGGUGCACUGUGACACAGAGUUUCAACUAUCUAAACAAUUGGGAACAAUUCUGGAUGAUAUGAAUAAUGUAAAUUUGUCAGAAGUAGAAAACACAUCACAUACAUCACAAAUUGUACACCAUUCCUUGGAGUCUUUCUUGAUUGGAAUUGGAAGUUACAAAGAAGUCUUCAAUACUCUCAGCAAAAGCAUAUCCGAGGGAUUGACAACCAGCGAAUCUUUUGAUGUUUUUCUCCCUGGUGACAAGGAUCCAUUUUGGUUGGCCCAUACGGGUGAGGGACACUCAGUGUAUUUCACUGUGCCUGACGAUUUUCGCAUGAAGGGAAUGACUUUGUGUAUUGUGUAUUUAUCAACCCCAGAAAACACAGCAAUUGAGUGUCUUGUUAGUGUGUUAAUGGUUAAUUACACAAAGUGCACGAUCCAGAUAUUCAAGCGAGACACAGUAAUUUCCUUUAACGAUGUAGAUUGGCAAGGCAUGAUAUCACAUCUGGGAUGUGGAGACAAGGUGGAGAUUUUUGUGAUUUUUAGGCAUGGACUGGUUGUCAAGAAAACAGCUGUCUAUCUAAUGUAUGAUAAAUCAAUUGACAUCAAAAUGGAGCCUUCUCCUGAGCAAAUGAAAGAGCCAGAACAAGAGCCAAAAAAAGAGGCAGAACAAGAACCAAAAAGAGAGGCAGAAAAAGGGCCAAAGAAAAACUACUUUGUAAGAUGCAUCUGUAAAAUUGUAAUGUGUAAGAUGCAAGAUGAGUAG